UUCUGGACCUCCCUUGUCAAAGCCCUGAACGCGACGCGCUGGCCGUUGUGCUCGCAGAACUUGGGCAGAUUCACGCGCCGAGACGCUAUACAAAGGGUACGAAAGAACUUGCGAAGUGACACGAUCGAACACGACGGAGCAAUGGACGAACAGCGCCCCCACCCAUACCUUCAACUCUUCUCGGGCUCGACAUUCGCCUUCAGUGCCCAGAAUAACCAACAGAUCGAGCAACGACGCGCCGCGCUCAACGACGUCCUGUUGUUCGACAUUCUCCUUACAUCUGGUGGAAUACGUGCCCCAGAUACGCUCUAUCCGCCCUCUGACGUUCAGGGUCUCUCCCGGCUACUGCAUGCGAUCGAGGGGAGCAAAUAUGACCGUCUGAAGAAGAAUUGCCUCGUCUACUUUCUAUUGAAGUGGCACAAGGACGAGCGCGAGAAGGGCUUUGCGGAGGAGAAGAGCAUCAUGCCGCAGUUCGUGGCCCUCGCGGACGCAUACUGGUAUCUCGAUUCGGGCUACAAUGUUGCACGCGCCAUUUCGAACUUGUCGGACCCGCGGUUGAACAGAGACUACGCGUCGAAAAUCAUGCAGGCAAUUGAUCUUGAGAACAAGCCCCAAUUGAUCGUCAAGUACGUGCGGUGUGCGCAGCCGCUAUUGACGGAGCCGGACGACAUCGACCUAUACACUAUCUGCUUGGCAGAGGGCAGCUUGUUGGAUGCGUGGCAGUUCAUAAGGACGUUCCACGACCGGACGCGCGCACGACUGCUGGAGAAGCUUCUCAGGUGGACCGUCACGCGUGCGUCUCUUCGUCUCUUCCAUCAUGCACCCCAUUGACAGAAUCCCGCAGCCAUUCGCCCCGAGGCACUAUCGCAACUUCUCUCCAUCCCCCUCACAAAAGCCGACGAAGACCUGCUGCAGAAUCUCUGCACCAACGCACCCUCAUGGCUGAAGCCACCGGCUCUCUAUGU